GACUCGAACUAGACUCGAACUGGAGUUCAAGAUGGCGAUCAGCGAGCUGCUAAUAUCGCAACUAAUCGAUCAUUAAUAUACCAUCUCAGUCCUCACAUUAAAAGAAGCUUUACGCGUUAUGUCAGUAUUCCACGUCGCCUUCUUAUACCGUCACAAAUCAGUGGAUAUCCGACACUAGUGUAUAGAUAGAGACUGACUGUGUUUUUUUGUUACGUCAAAUAGAAAUAGUUGCUUAUCAGGUUUAUGAAACUAUUUGGAAUGAUUGGGAAGUUUUCAUUAGUUUGGAGGUCAUCAUGUCGCUAAGAGAGUUGAAAGUAUGCCUUCUUGGGGAUACAGGAGUUGGAAAAUCAAGUAUCGUGUGGAGGUUUGUGGAGGAUAGUUUUGAUCCCAACAUUAAUCCCACAAUUGGGGCAUCAUUUAUGACAAAGACUGUGCAGUACCAAAAUGAGCUUCACAAAUUCCUGAUAUGGGACACAGCAGGACAAGAAAGGUUUCGUGCCCUGGCUCCCAUGUACUACAGGGGCUCUGCUGCAGCUAUCAUUGUGUAUGACAUCACUAAAGAGGAAUCAUUCCAGACGUUGAAGAACUGGGUGAAGGAGCUUCGCCAGCACGGACCACCCAACAUAGUGGUGGCUAUCGCUGGCAACAAAUGUGAUCUCUCUGAUGCCAGAGAGGUUUCAGAGAAAGAUGCCAAGGACUAUGCUGACUCCAUUCAUGCCAUAUUUGUUGAAACCAGUGCCAAAAAUGCCAUUAACAUCAAUGAAGUCUUCAUUCAAAUAAGUCAAAGGAUCCCAGUUAUAGAUGCAGAUGGGUCUGCGGUCAAGGGCUUCAAACUUCGUCGUCAACCAUCAGAGUCGACCAGGGAACGUACUUGCUGCUGACGCAGUCGUAAACAGUUUGGCCAGAUCCUCUCCAGCCUCAGUUUCUUUCUAUUAGUAAACAAGGAGAAUAGCAAAUGAAGAAUGUGAUGUUACUGGGGAAGUUACGUAACUUCCUUUUGGAGCCAAAUCUGUUAAAUGAGAUUUGUCUGAAUCCCGAUGCAAUGGUCACUUCUUUGAAAAAGACGCUCUUCAGCCCCCGUUCAAAUGUCCUUGGGGAUCCAUUUCUGUUCUAGAUCACCGCCCAAAAUCAGACAGCAAAGAAAACACCUGCUUAACAGAUCAGAUACUGUCUCUCUCUUUCUUUCUCUCUCACACUCUCUCUCUCUCUCGUUCAUUCAUGCAAAAACCUCUGCCAAACUCUGAAGUUUUCAAGUAAAGCUACUGUCUGUCCGUCUGUACAUUUUGAAAAGUCUCAGCUCUCCAAAUGCAAGCAACACAGCUUUCUUGCCUCACUAUUUUUGCACAUCUUUGAUAUAUAUGAUAAAAAUAAAAAAAAUAUACAAAUGGGCGAAUCUCAUGAAACCUGUCAUAAACAUAUCCAGGUCACAUUUCACUCAAAUCAAAUGAAAAAGAAAACCUGAAAUUCUAUUUUGCAAGUCAAUUUAAAGUCUGUUCUUAGGACUAUUUUUUUUAAUGCUCCUAAAAAUAGACCUCAUAUUUUUUCUCGUGAUUUUGGGGGUAAAAUGUGACAUGAGAUUGACUCAAACCCAUAUUUAAUAUUUACUACUAUAGAAAUAUUAGUGUUGUAUUCCUGUUGCAUAGGAUAUAGCUGUCUUUCCUAUAUUUUCAAUUGGAAAAAAUAACAUUGAGUACAGAUAGAGAUAAUACAGAUUGAAUACAGAUAAAGAUAACUCUGGGAUUUUAUGGUUCAAUGAUAAUAAGCCUUGGCAAUUUUGAGAUGAGUUUAUGAAGUUAUAUAUGAAGAAUGUGCCAAAUCUUUGCAAUUUUUUAGUCCCGUACACUUUUUGUGACAUAGUAAUGAUCCAGUAGUAGCAGAUCAGUGGUCAGUGAUGUUGAUGCAUGAGUUCAACAUAACCAUCUGCAUAUUUCAUCCAUUUGCAAGUCGAGAUUACAAUAGUAGCACGUUUUUUGCUCCAAUUUGCCACAUCCUCUGUUGCCAGAUUUCUAGCUAUCCAGCCUGUUCUUGGACUAAUAAGCAGUUGGAAUAGACUUAUGUUUUACAGUGUCUGACCGUUGUUACUGCUUGCAGUGCAUAAUCAAGGCAUUAGUGAAGCUCAACCCUCACGCUUUGAGAGAAAGUUGGCCAGUCUUUUAGAAUAGCAGUUUCAAAGUGUUAGAUUUGAUAACUAUUCCAACUGUUCGCAUGUUUUCCAUAUCAGAACUGUAAUGUUAGUGGGAUGGAGCCAAAUGCUGGAAUCUUGUAUACGGUGCGCUUUAGGCUUUUGUCCAGUAUGUGCAGUAUGUCCAAAUAGUUUCUGAAAUUGCAUUUUAACUAUUUGUGUUAGUUGGCAGUGGUCUCUUCAGCUCCCUUGCUGUUCUUUUUCAUGACUUUUCCUUUUUUACUGGAUUGAGAGAUUUUGAGAGGUCUUGCCAAAUGCCCUAAUUGUCUCGUAAACAUUUUUCAUCUUUCUCAUUCCUUCACUGAAUAACUUUUGGCCUGUACACAUCCAACAUGCUUUUACUAUCUGGACAGGGAUAAAAAAAAGAAGCGUAUCUGGAAACUAGUCUUGUUUCAGAAAGAGCAAGAUGUCUAAACUCUUCAUCUUCAAAAAAAA